GGGCGUUUGAGCGUUAGUUUCGUUUUAUCAUGAGCAGUAGGCGCCAGAGUUCCAGUAACGGGAGACAUCCCUAUUAUCCAGACAGUAAAACGGUUUUUGAAACAAGUGAAGGCGUUAAAGUUAUACCAACUUUUGAUGGCUUAAAUUUAAAAGAGGAUUUACUUCGAGGAAUAUACGCAUAUGGAUUUGAGAAACCUUCUGCUAUUCAACAGAGGGCUAUUGUCCCUGUUCUUUCUGGUGAGGAUGUCAUAGCACAAGCGCAAUCAGGAACAGGAAAGACAGCCACUAUUUCCAUUUGCGCUUUGGAAACUAUUGAUACUUCUAUUCGUGAGCCUCAAGUCCUGAUUCUUUCUCCAACCAGAGAAUUAGCACAACAAAUUCAAAUGGUUAUUCUCGCUCUUGGAGAUUAUAUGAAUGUUCAAUGCCAUGCCUGCAUAGGAGGUGUUAGUGUUGGAGAAGACAUUCGGAAACUUCAGUUUGGCCAGCAUAUUGUUUCAGGGACCCCUGGCCGUGUAUAUGAUAUGAUAACUCGAAGAUUUUUAGUUACAAGGGGGGUAAAGCUGUUGAUCUUGGAUGAAGCAGACGAGAUGCUUAAUAGAGGUUUUCAAGAACAAAUUUAUGACGUCUAUCGGUAUUUGCCUCCUGCAACUCAAGUGUGCGUGUUUUCUGCUACUUUGCCGCACGAGACGCUUGAAUUAACUCAAAAAUUUAUGACUCAUCCCGUGCGUAUCUUAGUAAAACGUGACGAACUUACUUUGGAGGGGAUUAAACAGUUUUUUGUUUCCGUUGAACGAGAAGAAUGGAAAUUUGAUACCCUCUGUGAUCUAUACGAUACACUUGUCAUAACGCAGGCGGUUAUAUUCUGUAAUACGAAGAGGAAAGUUGACCAUUUGGCUGAAAAGAUGCGCGAGGCUAACUUUACUGUCACGUCUAUGCACGGAGAAAUGGAACAAAAGGAGCGGGAUGCUAUUAUGAAGGACUUUCGUUCUGGAGCGAGUCGUGUUUUAAUCACCACGGAUGUUUGGGCACGUGGUAUUGACGUUCAUCAGGUUUCCCUAGUUAUCAACUAUGAUUUGCCUAUGAAUCGAGAGUUGUAUAUUCACAGAAUUGGUCGAUCUGGGCGCUUUGGCCGUAAAGGUGUAGCCAUCAAUUUUGUCACCACUGAGGACAUACAUACGCUUAGGGAUAUAGAACAGUAUUAUAGUACGCAAAUUGACGAAAUGCCAAUGAACGUCGGCGAAUUGCUUUAGAAUUUAAGGUGCAUAAAGAAGUUUCUCUUAACUUGCUAGGGUCUUGGGUAUUCCUUAGUGGUCUGUUAAUCUA